AUGGUAUGCGGCGAACUGUUCAGAUCUAAGCGGCUUCAUGUAUGUGAUUGGCUGUGGGUCAACAGUCCUCCCGCGAACGUCCCCUGUCCGCAGGUGCUGUUGUUUUUUCGUGAUGCGCUGCGUGACAGCUAGCUGUGCACCUUCCUUGAUGACAACGUGCCCUCACUGCUGCUGCUGCUGCUGUUGAGUGUGCGUGCGUGCGUGCGUGCGCUUGUCCGUGUCUGCGUCGAACCCUCAAUCCCAGCACACGAAAUCACACCACACCAGUACGGAGACAGGAAGUGAUUACUGUACACUGGGCGACGACAGCCUCUGAACGAAGU